AUGGCGAGCAGCUCCAAGAACCCUCUCAAGAGGCUUGGCUUCAAGAGGACCAACACCGCGGGCGAGAUCCCCACGACAGAAGACUAUGGCGGCAAGGUCGUGGCCGUCCCUACCGAGACUGAGUUGACGGAUCUGGAUGGCGAUGGUCUUCGUGCCGCGUCUGUCUCCAAGAUCGCGGGCGAGUUCGGCGGCGAGGUCAAGUCAGACCAUGCGGAUGCCGUCAAGAAUAUCUCAGAGGUGGAGGCCAACCGUCGAUUGAACAAGUUCAGAAGUGAGCACACAUGGGACCCCAACAUGCCCGAUGCCGCCUGGGAUGCUAUCAACGAUGCUACACAAGCGCAUGACCAGAAGGGCGAGGCCAUCCUCGUUGAUGAGCUCGUCGAAGAUUCUCCGUACCCUGAAGUGCGUGCUGUAGUCCGCAACUAUGACGAGGACCUCCCUUGCAGCACCAUUCGUGCCUGGACGAUCGGCAUGGUUUUGACGACCAUUGUCUCCGGUGUGAACGGUCUGUUCUUCUUGCGAUACCCAAUCAUCACUAUCUCCCCCUACGUCGUCCAGCUGGUCGCCUACCCUAUUGGCGUCGGUUGGGCGAAGGUCAUGCCAGACCGCGAGUUCAGGACACUGGGCGUGAAGUGGAACCUGAACCCAGGUCCAUUCAACGUCAAGGAGCACGUCAUCAUCGUCGCCAUGGCUAAUGCUGCUUUCGGUGGUGGAACCGGUUACUUCGUCGACACUGUCGUCUCGAUCCAGAAGUUCUACAACAUUCCCAGCUUCGGAUGGGGCUUCAACAUCCUCUUUGCGCUGUCAACACAGUGCUUGGGUUUCGGUCUCGCGGGCACUGUGCGCAAGUGGUUGGUUGAGCCUGCCGCAAUGAUCUGGCCUACAGCUCUGGUCAAUACCGCGUUUAUGUACGCUCUGCAUGACCACAGCCCCAGCGAUCCCUCCAAGACUCACGGCUGGUCCAUCUCCCGUUAUAAAUGGUUCCUGGUCGUCAUGGUCAUCAUGUUCGUCUGGUCUUGGUUCCCCGACUUCAUCUUCCCGGCAUUCAGCUACUUUGCCUGGGUCACUUGGAUCAAGCCCAAGGGCGUCAUUGUCAAUCAGCUGUUCGGCCAGACCACGGGUAUCUCUCUGGGAUUCCCCUUCACUGGCUUCACCCUCGAUUGGGCUCAGAUCAACUCUUUCUACCAAAGCCCCCUGAUCGCACCUUGGCACGCCAUCAGCAACACGCUUGCUGGCAUUAUCUUUCUCCUGUGGAUCGUCACUCCAGCCCUCCAUUACACCGGGGCGUGGUACGCCGAGUACUUGCCGAUCAGCCAGAACGGUAUUACCGACAACACUGGUUCCACUUACAACAUCACGCGCAUUCUGAAGCCUGACAACACUGUGGAUCCAGUUGCCUACGAGCAAUACUCUCCUCUCUUCCUGUCCACCUCGUUCGCUUUGGCUUACGGUGUCAGCUUCGCCACCAUCUCUGCCCUCAUCACCCACACUUACCUGUUCCAUGGCAGAGAGAUCUGGCAGAGGUGGAAGGCCUCCAAGGGCGAGCUCGACGACGUCCACAUGAAGAUCAUGCGCAAGUACAAGACGGUGCCUACCUGGUGGUAUCUGGCACUUUUGGUCAUUAUGAUUGGUUUCGCCUUUGCCUGCUCCAACGGCUAUCCCACUGGCAUGGCGGCAUACUCAGUUGUGCUUUCGCUGGUCAUCGCCGCUGUUUGGACUAUCCCCAUUGGCAUGAUCCAAGCCAUGACCAACAUCCAGCUCGGAUUGAACGUCUUCACUGAGUUCAUCAUCGGUUACCUGCAACCGGGCCACCCCAUCGCCAUGAUGAUGUUCAAGACAUUCGGCUACAUCACCAUGACCCAGGCGUUGUACUUCUGCCAGGAUCUGAAGCUCGGCCACUACAUGCACGUUCCUCAACGUUCGCUUUUCGCUGCCCAGCUGGUCGCAACCAUCUGGUCUUGCUUCUGCCAGCUCGGCGCCGUCGAAUGGGCUCUCGGUGCCAUCUCGAAUGUCUGCACGGAAGAGGCGUCCAAUUACUUCACUUGCGGCUACAUCAAGACCUUCUACAACGCCUCCGUCAUCUGGGGUGCCAUCGGCCCCAAGCACCUGUUCUCCGGCGACGCCAUUUACAAGGACCUCCAAUGGUUCUGGUUGAUUGGUUUCUUCCUGCCAUUCGUCGUCUACGGUCUGGCUCGUGCGUUCCCCAAGGUCGGCAUCUUCAGGAAGAUGAACGUCCCGCUUAUGUUCUCGUCCAUGGGUUAUGUCCCACCCUACAGUGCCAUGAACAUUCUCGCUUACUGCUCCGUUGGCUGGAUCUUCAACAAAUUCAUCCGUGACCGCUUCCGAGGCUGGUGGAUGCAAUUUAACUACAUUACGAGCGCUGGCUUCGACGUAGGGUUGGCCCUAUGUGCCAUCAUCGCCUUCUUCUGCGUCCAGCUCCCCGGAGGCAAAAUGGCGAGCUGGUGGGGCACCAACGUGAUCAACACGUACGAUUUCAACGGCACGGCCGUGCAGAAGACCGUCAGUGGUGACGAGACCUUUGGGCCGCAGACGUGGAAGUGGUAG